GGUCACCAAGGUAUCAUGUGAUCCCGAGCGCCACCUAAUGGCGGUUUAUUAAAAAAUGUACUUUGAGACAUGCAUACUGUAGAGCUGGGCAUUAUGGGAUAUGUGCACAAUUCAUAUUUUAAGAUUUAAUAUUUGUUUGUUUGUUUAUUAAAUAUUUCUAAUGUUUAGUUUUUGCCAUUGUUUAUACUGCAGUUUUAUAUUAAUUCGUUUUUAAGAUUUUUAAAAAAAUUAUAUUUAUUUAGUUUAGUCCGUAUAUUAAAUUUUUUUUUGCCUGUGUUUAUACUGGAAUUUUAUAUCACUGCUAUUGUUUUUUUUUAUCAUUUAUCAUGAAUGUUUAUUAAAUUAAUACAUUUGUUUUUUAAAUUUAAUAAAUUUCUAUUUGAAGAUUGAUUUGUAUUUGUUUCAUUUUUAUUUUAAUAGUUUUUGUCCAUGUAUUGCAAUUUUAUGCAAAUGUAUUCCUGAGAUUAUUUUUUUCUAUGAUUAAAAAUAGUUAUUUAAUAUUUAUUUCGUUUUUUUCCCACGUAUUUAGUUUGUCUCUGUAAAUAUUGCAAUUUUAUAUCAAUUAUUUCUGAAGAUUUUAUUUUAAUGUAGUUGUUUGUAGUUUUUCCCACGUUUAUGCAAAUUAUUUUAAGGAUUUAUUUAUAUUUGUUUUCUUUGUAUAUAAUAUUUAUCCUCCCAUUUAUUAACAGAUGGGUAAUGUCAUGCCGUCAAACUGAUAUUUCACUGUUGCUCUGGUAACUUCUGUGGAGCGUGUGUGUGUGUGUGUGUUUUUAUUCAGCUCCAAAUGCGCCUCAUCCUUGCUGACGUGAACGAUGCAGACUCUUAAAGGGGAAGAGAGAGAGUGCAAAUCAAAAUAGAUUCAUUUACAGAGCGCUUCGUACUGAGUGGGAUUGGGACGCAGCCCAGGCUCUCUCUCUCUCUUUCUCUCUCUCUCUCUCUCUCUCUCUCUCUCUCUCGCACACGCACACACACAUCCUGGAGCAGAUACAGCACACAGGAGAAUCAGGGUGUAACAGCACAAUGCCAGCUCCAUGUAUGAGCCUGGCAGGGCAGCAGAGGAACUGGAGGCAGGCUGGCAAGGUGACGUUCCCCAGACUCUCCAUCCUUCCAGAAGAAGACAAGAUGAAAGGAUCCAACCUUGAUGUGAAGUCCAAACCGGAGCAGAAGCGAGCGUCCUUUUCUCCCUCAGCUCAGAUGAGUAACCUCAGAAGAAACGGAAACGCUGCUGCUGCUGCAGGUGUGAAACAGCUCGAGCUUGACCGUCAGUCCUGCUGUCCUGCUUUCCUCCUUCACUUCAGCGGUCUCGGGCCAGACUGUGGUGCUGAUGUGGUGCAGUGGCACAACGGGCCUCUUUGUACUGGUCAAACAAAUUGUGGGGUGGGGGGAGGCGACAACAACAACACCAACAACAACAACAACAACAACAACAAAACACACAAAAAGACAAGAGCUUUUAAAGCUCUAAAGUCCCACACGGUGAAGGUAGACGAGAGACUGCGACUGGCUCGAGAACGGAGAGAGGAGCACCUCAAACAGCUCGCAUCACGGGAGCACAGCUGGCUGGUCCGAGAGGAGAGAGCCCGGAGGUUCUACGAGAAACACAUGGAGGAGCGUCGGAAAAAGCUGGAGGAGCAGAGGCAGAGGGAGGAGAGGAGGAGGAACGCGGUGGAAGAAAAACGCAGACAGAGGCUCAAAGAAGAGCGAGAGCGGUACGAGUCUGUGGUGCAGAAGACCAUGGAGAGGAGCCAGAAAGCCAAACAGAGAAGCACACAGAGGAGAGUGUGCAACACCAAGAACAACACAAACGCUAAACGUCGCUCUCUUAGUCAGUGGGAGAUAAACCUGGUUAAUCGCCUUCAGACUCCUACCAUCUCUUAUCUAGCCAGGAGCAGGAGUGCCAUAUGUCUGUCCAGAGAAGAAGUUGUUCAUAUUUGUCGACGUGCAGUUUCAUGCCACACUAUGAGCAAUAGCAGUCCUCAGAAACCUGGUGGAGCAUCGACACACAGCAAGGCUCUCAGGCCCGGGGUGAAGGAUGGCAGCCACCAAACCUCCGGGAAUAAACCGGGUUCAAAUCUCGAGAGGCGAGAACGGAAAAAGCCCCAUUCUCACUCGGCGAGAGUUAAAGUCAGCUCCACAUCAGGGACCGAGAACAAAACAAUAUCCUCGUUAACAGGACCGAGGCUGACUCCGAGAGUGUCCCCCAGUCAGGAGUGUUUGCCCGCCCUGCCUGAGGAGGAAGAUCCCAGGCCAGAGAGCACACUGAACUCCCAUCGGCCUCAACGUGACCAGUCAGCUGCUGUGUGCUCGCACGAGGAUGUUGGGUGUGAUGGACUGGUCCGGGAAAACCCGGGCUCUAACAGACCUCCGGCUGCUCCUGGAUUUCCUCGCACUCCUAACGAGCCAAGUGUCGGAACCCAGAGCAGACCCUCAGCAGGAACCACAGACCCUGAAGAGGCUUCACGUCUGCUGGCGGAGAACAGACGACAAGCUCGGCUGCAGCGAGAGAGGGAGGAAGAAGAACGCAGGCAUAGGGAGGAAACAGAGCGGCGAGGGAGAGAAGAAUUGGCCCUUCGGAGAGCUGAGGAGCGAGCGAGGCAUGAGGCGGAGGCCCGGUGUGAGGAGAAAAGGAGGAGGGAGGAGGAGGAGGAGCGAAGGAAGGCAGAAGAGGAGAAGGCUCAGAAGCAAAGAGAGGAGGAGAGGAGACUUCAGCAACAGAAAGAAGAAGAGGAGGAGAGGCAGAGGCUUGAGAGAGAGACGCGGUUCCAGAGAGAGGAAACCGAGCGGCAGGAGAGGAAGAAGCGGUUAGAAGAAAUUAUGAAAAGAACAAGGAAGACAGAUGCUGAGAUGAAACCUCAGUUGUCGUCUGUGCCACCGAAUGAGAACGUGACGUCCCUCCAUAGCCUCCCCUUAGAAGAAGUGAUCAAGCUUCCCAGCCCGGCCAAGGGCUCCAUGAUGAGCUUAGCCAACGAGGAGGACAUUCUUCCUGCAGUGGCCUUCAAGGAGCGCAGGUCCAUCCGCACCCUCACGGGUCUGGAGGAGAUCCAGGCCCAUCAAAGGGCAGAAGUCAUCUAAAGAUGAGAAGAUCUCCAAGGAACCUGCAACUCUGUACUUUAUGUAUGAAAACAAGCAGAAACGCUUCACCUGCACUUUAAGAACCCUCGACACCUUUCGCACCUUUGAAGUGAAACAGAAGUAUUUGACCCCCUGCUGAAACGUUAUUUAUUUUGUCCUUGGCGUUUUUGGUAACUCGCUACUUAACUAAUGACUUCCCAGUGUAACCUUUUACGGAAAACUUCAUAAACGUGACACAACCACGUCAAACCCGUGUCAUGGCGCAUCGUCAUGUCCAGACUUGUCACGUCAGCGUUACAGAUAACUGUCCGCUUACA